CCACUCGGGCGUCCACGCCUCAAACCGCUCCGGUCUCGACCGGGACAGAGGCUGCGGCUGCCGAAGAGCAGGGGCUCUGAGGGGCACGAGUGAGGCCAGAGCCCCCACACCACCUGCCCUGGGGUCUGAGGCCUGACCCCAGCUCCCCGCCCGGCCUCCCGCCCGGGCCCAGGACGUGCCUGGCGUGUGUCGGGGCUGAGUCACCCUGGCUGGCCGUGCCCCUCUGAGCCCGGGCCGUGGCCACCGCCCACCGGGAAGGAAGGGUGGGUGCCCACUAUGCUGGAGGAGCUAGAGCCUCCCGGGAACGUGGGAACCCCGUUUUGAGGCCCGCCCACGGCCCCACCCCUCCCCAGGAGGGAAAAGGCAGCUGCCAGCCGCCGGCUCACAGGCACGGCAGGACCAGAGGACAGACUGCGUUUGCCACUCCAGGCCGGGCCAUGGACCCCCAUGAGAUGGUGGUGAAGAACCCCUACACCCACAUCAGCAUCCCCCGGGCCCCCCUGCGCCCCGACCUGGAGCAGCAGCUGGAGGCCGCGCACCGCCCCUCGGAGCGGCAGCCGCUGUCUGGGGGUGCCUGCGCCCCGGAGCCCUCCCGCCUGCUGCAGCCCGUGGAGGAGGUCUGGGGGCCCCAGGGGGCAAAGGGCGCCAAGGGGGGCGCCAAAGGGAGCGCCAAGGGGGGCGCCAAGGGGGCCGCCCCCGUCCAGGGCCCGCAGUCCUGGCAGCAGCCUGGCAACCCCUACUGCGUUGGGCAGCGCGGACUGACCUACGCCGGCCGGCCGCCCAUCGGGCGCGGCGACGACAUCGCCCACCACUGCUGCUGCUGCCCCUGCUGCUCCUGCUGCCACUGCCCGCGCUUCUGCCGCUGCCACAGCUGCUGCUGCGUCGUCUCCUAGCCCGGCCCCCGGGCGGCCGGAUCCCGCUCGGGAGCGUGUGGACAUUGGAGGUGCCCGCUGGGCCAUCGCACAGGUGCCCGCCGCCUCCCCCCCGGGCAGGGACGUGCCAGCGAGCCCAGCCGCUCAGCUCGGCCUCUGGAAAAGAGGCCCUGGACCCCCUCCCUCCAGGCCCGAGCCCGUAAUAAAGCAGUGAGCGUCCUCAGGCCAUUCCUUUCAGGGGGACCCGGGCUGGAAGGCACUCAGGCCCCUGGCCUGGGGACAGGGAAGCCAUGGCCGAUUCUGUAACCUGCACUGCGGGACCGGGUCUGCCCUGAGGCUGCCAGGAGGGCCGGAGUGUGACCCCGGCCCUGGCCAGGCCUGGGUUCAGCUGGGAGACGCCUCAGUCUGUAGGUCGGCCAGGGGGCCGUGCAUGGGAUCUGGGGAGCGGGGCCCCAAGAAAGGCCCCCAAGAGAGGACGCGGCAGAGGGGAAGGGGGGGUGGGCCGGUGCCGGCAGGCUGUCUGUCUGGGACUGGGCGCUCCGGCAGCCAGGACCGAGCCUGCUCCCUCUGAGUCACAGCCCGCCCGCCAGCCACCAGGCAUUCUUCCUCCCACCAAACCCCGUUCCUGCACCUGCCCCGGGGCCCCGUCCAGACUCGGGCCUGGGCUUCCUGGAGGAGGCGGGGAGCCCCGUGGAGCCCCUGUCCCCACACACCCCUGCCCCCGGCUGCACGCAGCACAGCAUGCCUGUGGGAGGGCGAGGGGGCAGCUCUGCUCGAAGGAAGCCGGCAUUGCCUCACCGCGGGUGAGGCCGGGAUGCCGGGGCGAGGAGUCAGUGGAUGCCGGCACGGAGCGCCCGUGUUUCCGGGCUGGGCCCAGAGCGGAGGGAGGAAGUCGAGCUGGCCCCGCAGGACAGACAGGUCCCGUGCUGGCCCUCCCUGACCCGUGGUGACUGGCCGCCUGGGUGUGGACGGACAUGUCACUGGCUGUGACUGUGUCACGGACAUGUGACUGUGCAGGAACGCGGGGUGCCCGACUGCCGGCCACUGCCCCCGGCCCGCCCCCUCCCAGGCCGGACCCAGAAACCUGUCCGAUCGGUGCCCCCUGCCAAGAGGCUGCACCCUGCCCACGAUGGGAGUGAGGGGGCUCUGGCCUUGGGCUUCCCGCCACCGAGGUGGAGGAGCCUUGGGGAUCCGGACCGUCUCAGCCCUUCUCUACGCACCCCAUUCUGCCGUGUCUGAGGCCCUGGGGCCCUGGCGGUGGUGGGGGCUCUGAUGGGUGUCCAGGGCUGACUCUGGGUGGUCCGUGUCUGUGCCAGGACCUCCUUGGGGCCUUUCCAGAUGGGCCACCUGCCCCCCCAGGUCGAGGGCCGGGAUGAAAACACUGGCCUGACCAACAGGCACCCUCACACUGUGAUUGAACUGGGCGGGGCGGGCCUCAGGCUCUGGGCCAGUGCGGCCCCGGCGGGCUUCCUGGAGGAGGCGACAAUGGAACGGAGAUGAACAGGCCCAUCCGGUUAAGACCAGGAGCCGCUCUGGCUGGGAGGGGAGCGUGAGGAUGAGG